AGGGUGCCGCUGCGGCUGCUCUCUUGUCCCACAAUGGCUGCUGCUCCGCUCCGCUCCGUACUCCAACGCCGCAAUGGCCUUCUGCCCUUGUUCGAAACCUGCCGCCUUCGAGAUCUCCUCUUCUUCUCCUCCUCUGUCGACCCUGCCGCCGCCGUAGGCGGCACCAUCUCUCCAGAUCCCCACUUCAUGGUGGAAUACCUCGUGAACUCCUGCGGGUUCUCCCCCUCCGAGGCAGCCAAGUUCUCUAAACCUCUUGCGCACCUCCGAUUCACCGAGAAACCCGACGCCGUCCUUAACUUCAUGAGAUCUCAGGGCCUCGGUGGCGCCGCUAUCAGGAAGGUGAUAUCUUCGGAACCCAAUUACCUGUGCUACAACGUGGAGACGAACAUCGCCCCGAAGUUUCAGUUCUUACGUGAUUUGGGCCUAUCGGAGUCGGAUAUCGUCGAUGUCAUCCUGAAGAACGAUGUUAUUCUGCGCCUCGACGUUCACCGUUCCUUGGUCCCCAAAUUGGAGAUGUGGGAAAGUCUCUUGGGAUCGAGAGAGCUCGUUCUCAAGCAUCUCAAGAAGACCCGAUGGUUUUUCUUCUCCAGCGCUGAGAAGAAAUUGCAUCCUAACCUAAAGUUCUUGAGGGAUGAGUGCGGCAUUCCUGAAGAAAGGGUCUCUGUCGUCUUGAGAAGUCACCCACAAUUAAUCUCACAGAAACCAGAGUCUCUCCGAGGUUUGGUGGCGAGAGCCGAUGAGCUGGGGAUGCUACGGCAAUCUCGGAUGUUCAUGUGGACAGUUAAUAUUCUCCAUAGGGUAAGCAAAGAAAGGUUCGAGGCCAAGGUCGAGUUCAUGAGGAGGUUCGGGUGGUCGGAGUCGGAGUUUUCUUCUGCUGUCAGGAAAGCACCCACCUUCUUAGGCAUCUCCCUCGAUAUGUUGCGCAGAAAAGUGGAUUUUUUUAUCAACGUGGUCGGUUACACCACUUCCUUCAUCGCCUCCCACCCAACUAUCUUGCUAUAUAGUCUGCAGAAGAGGGUAAUUCCUCGGUUUCGUGUGACGGAAAUGUUGAAAUUGAAAGGAUUGUGGACUGGAAAAUACAAGUUUACAUCGAUUCUCGUAUUCUCAGAUGCCAAAUUCAUGGAGAAGUUUGUUCUCCCUCACAAAGAAAAUGUUCCUGAGCUGCUUGAUAUUUUGAGAGUUGCUGGCACCUGGAAAGGAAAUGAUACCUUGCAUUUGGCAUCGGAGGAUGAGGAAGGGCUUAGCUGAUGGUCUAAUUUGUGACGACGAAGGCUCGGUCUCGCACGCCACGCCAACGCCAGUGUCAGACGCUACCUGCUCCUGCAAGGGUAAGCUUCCCUAUAAAUACCCUCGCAUGCUAAAGGGGAAGAGGGAGACACUCCAAACACUUCUUGAUCUGAAACCCCCUCCACAUCGCUAACUUGGCCGUCGGAGGGGUCGGGUCGGAGGGGUCGGACCGUCGAGAUCGGCCACUGGGAGGCCCUGAGGCCAAAGUCUGAGAUCCCCGACAUCCGGGCCCCGAACCGAGCCGCGACGGCCCCGAGGCCACGGCUCAGGGCGGCUUACCCACCAGGAUCUCGCCCCUCAGUCGCAGCCUGCUUGCGCCGAGCCCACCUCAGCGCGUCCGCUCGGUCGCAGACUGCCUGCGCUGAGCCCACCUCAGCGCGGCCUGCCCGCUUGAGCAGCGUCCGCUCGGUCGCAGACCGCCUGCGCCGAGCCUACUUCAGCGCGGCUUGCCCGCCUGAGCAGUGUCAGCUCGGUCGCAGACUGCCUGCGUCGAGCACCUCAGCCACACGCUACCGAGACCUACCUCAGCGCGGCCUGCUUGCCUAUGCAGCGCCCGCUCGGUCGCAGCCUGCAUGUGCCGAGCUCCUUGGCCAAUCAUUGCCGAGCUCCUUGGCCAAUCAUUGCCGAGAUCUACCUCGGCGUAGCCUGUCCGCCUGUCCGCCUGUGUCGUGCUCCUCGGCCGCAUGGUGCCCGAGGCCACGUCCUCGCGUUCUGCCCGCCUGCGUCGUGCUACUCGGCCGCAUGGCCCUCGCGACCACGCCUGCGCGGUCUGCUCGCUCGCGUCGUGCUCCUUGACGGCAUGAUGACUGAGACCACACCUGCGCGGCCUGCCCGCCUGCGUCGUGCUCCUCGCUCCCAUCAUCCCCGAGACACACCUGCGCGACCAGCCCGCCUGCGUCGUGCUCCUCGGCGGCAUGAUGAACGAGACCAUACCUGCGUGGCCUGCCCACCUGCAUCGUGCUCCUCGCUCCCAUCAUCCCCGAGACACACCUCCGCGACCAGCCCGCCUGCGUCGUGCUCCUUGGCUCCAUGUUCCCGAGACAGACCAGCGCCGCCAGCCUGCCUGUGUCGUGCUCCUCGGCUCCAUACCCCCCGAGACACACCUGCGCGGCCAGCCUGCCCGCGCCGAACUCCUCGGCCAUAUCCACCGCCUUGCCCAUCCGGGUUACGUCCCUCGGCCGCAGCCUGCCUGCGCCGAGUGCCUCGGCUCCAUGCUUGCCGAGCCCACCUCCUCGGCCGCAUAAUGCCCGAGGCCUCCUCAGUCGCUUAAUGCUCGAGGUCACCCCCUUGGCUCCAUACUACCCGAGACCACGCCUGCGCGGCCAGCCCGCUUGUGUCGUGCUCCUCGGCUCUUCGGCUUUAUGCCACCCGAGACCACGCUUGCGCGGUCAGCCCGCUUGCGUCGUGCUCCUCGGCUCUUCGGCUUUACGCCACUCGGGACACGCCUGCGCGGCCAGCCCGCCUGCGUCGUGCUCCUCGGCUCUUCGGCUUUACGCCACCCGGGACACGCCUGCGCGGCCAGCCCGCCUGCGUCGUGCUCCUCGGCUCUUCGGCUUUACACCACCCGGGACACGCCUGCGUGGCCAGCCCGCCUGCAUCGUGCUCCUCGGCUCUUCGGCUUUACGCCACCCGAGACCACACCUGCGCGGCCAGCUCGCUUGCGUUGUGCUCCUCGGCCCUCAUCGGCUCCAUGACCCCCGAGUCCAACUCUGCUCGGCUUCCCGACUCGGUUGCACACCUCGACCCCGUGUUGCUCGAGAUGCGUCCGCGCGGCUGGCCCACCUGCGUCGUGCCCCUCGGAUCCGCGUAACCAACCCACUUGAAGUUAGAAGCCAUGCAUCGGGCCCCCUGCAUGCAAAAACCGACGCAUAGCUCCUUUCGAGGGGGGGGGAAUAUGAUAGGGGUAAAAAUGGCGAUGUGACACGUCAUGAUAGUAGCUCCCCCCUGGGCGACACACUGCCCGAGGCUUGCCAUACCCUGCGGCAGCUCGGCCUACCACGCAAUCUCAGUGGCGGUGUUAGACGCCACCGAAGGUACAGUUCUGCCCCUGUAGAUAGCCACGUCAGGUAACAUCAAACCUCAUCUAUAAUACCCCCGAGUCCUAAACAAAAGAGAGAACACACACUUAACACAUAGAGGCUUUUCCUCCUCCUAAACCCCCUCCACGUCGCUGACUUGGCCGUCGGAGGGGUCGGGCCUGGCUCCCAGCCCGACCUAUGUGCAGGGGCGAAGAUGGUGCCGACCCAUCCCGACGCUGCGGCGAGGCGCUUCCCCCGACGUGACGACUCGAUCGGACCGUCGAAAUCGGCCACCGGGAGGCCCUGAGGCCAAAGUCUGAGAUCCUCGACAUCCGGGCCCCGAACCGAGCCGCGACGGCCCCGAGGCCACGGCUCAAACAGGUGCAGACCGCAUCAUAUAGCAUGAAUAAUAAAAAAAAUAAAAAAAAAUUAAUUUUUUAAAAAAUAUAGAAAUGCCUAACUCUACGUAGUGAAAACGAAGGAAUCACCCCUAUUAAAUAAAAAGAGUCGAGCCUUCCAAGGUAAUAAAUAUUUUAAUUUUUAUAUUUAUUUAUUUAUUUAAUAAAAAUAAUAUCACUUAACUUAAAAUAUUGAAUAUUUAUUUUAUAAUUUUUAUUCAUAAGAAAAGAAAGUAAAUAAUUGUACUUAAACUGAAAUAUUUAAGCACAGAUGAAACCUGUCAAAUUAGUAUUUUAAGAUCAUUUUAUCCAUAUUUUUGAUAUAAAUAAUUUAUUCCUAUAUUUUUGUAUUUCUUGUGCAUAACGAAGGUUAUACACAAUACGUAUAAGGAGGGUGGUUGUAAUUAGGGUGCCGCUGCGGCUGCUCUCUUAUCCCACAAUGGCUGCUGCUCCGCUCCGCUCCGUACUCCAACGCCGCAAUGGCCUUCUGCCCUUGUUCGAAACCUGCCGCCUUCGAGAUCUCCUCUUCUUCUCCUCCUCUGUCGACCCUGCCGCCGCCGUAGGCGGCACCAUCUCUCCAGAUCCCCACUUCAUGGUGGAAUACCUCGUGAACUCCUGCGGGUUCUCCCCCUCCGAGGCAGCCAAGUUCUCUAAACCUCUUGCGCACCUCCGAUCCACCGAGAAACCCGACGCCGUCCUUAACUUCAUGAGAUCUCAGGGCCUCGGUGGCGCCGCUAUCAGGAAGGUGAUAUCUUCGGAACCCAAUUACCUGUGCUACAACGUGGAGACGAACAUCGCCCCGAAGUUUCAGUUCUUACGUGAUUUGGGCCUAUCGGAGUCGGAUAUCGUCGAUGUCAUCCUGAAGAACGAUGUUAUUCUGCGCCUCGACGUUCACCGUUCCUUGGUCCCCAAAUUGGAGAUGUGGGAAAGUCUCUUGGGAUCGAGAGAGCUCGUUCUCAAGCAUCUCAAGAAGACCCGAUGGUUUUUCUUCUCCAGCGUUGAGAAGAAAUUGCAUCCUAACCUAAAGUUCUUGAGGGAUGAGUGCGGCAUUCCUGAAGAAAGGGUCUCUGCCGUAUUGAGAAGUCACCCACAAUUAAUCUCACAGAAACCAGAGUCUCUCCGAGCUUUGGUGGCGAGAGCCGAUGAGCUGGGGAUGCCACGGCAAUCUCGGAUGUUCAUGUGGAUACUUGAUGCUCUCCUCAUGGUAAGCAAAGAAAGGUUCGAGGCCAAGGUCGAGCUCAUGAGGAGCUUCGGGUGGUCGGAGUCGGACUUUUCUUCUGCAGUCAGGAAAAAUCCCACCUUCUUAGGCAUCUCCCUCGAUAUGUUGCGCAGAAAAGUGGAUUUUUUUAUCAACGUGGUCGGUUACACCACUUCCUUCAUCGCCUCCCACCCAACUAUCUUGCUAUAUAGUCUGCAGAAGAGGGUAAUUCCUCGGUUUCGUGUUUGGGAGAUGUUGAAUACGAAAGGCUUGUGGACUCGACGGGGCAAGUUUUCGUACUUUGUGAAAUUAUCAAAUACAAAAUUCCAGGAGAAGAUUGUUCUACCUUACAAAGAAAAAGUUCCUGAGCUUCUUGAUAUUUUGAGAGCAGGUGAGUGUGAAGGGAAAUGAGCCCUUUUAUUUGGUAUCAGAGGAGGAUGAGAAGGGCUUAGCUGAUGGUCUAACUCACAUUUGAAUUUCUCAACAGGAGCUGAGCAGUGAUUCGGCACCUUUUUCCUUGACAACAAGCUGUCUUACAUCAACCACCAGCCUUGGCUACUGAGGUGCAGUCCAGUGAAAGAAUUAUUCCUUUGGUGUCAUAUGGUUGUAAUGUUGUAAUUGGAAGGUCUAUGCAGUGCCCAACACAAAAUGUCUUCCAGUUUUACUCAUUAAGGUUCAUGGAAAAGUCUGUUCUUUGUUGCAAAGCAGAAGUCCCUUGCCUGUUUGAAAUCUCUGAUCUAUGAAGGUAGAUUAUUCCCCUA